AUGUCGAGCCUGAUAGAUAUUUGGACGGUGGAGGUGGACAGGAUCCGGGCCAUGAGGAGAACGGGGGGGCCGUUCAGACCCACGGCUUCUCCCGGCGCACAAGACGCCGGCCACGUAGCUCGGCCGUCCGGGUCCGGCGACGGAAAUGGAACGCCAACACCUGAUGGUGCCACGGCUUGGCCGGCCAGGGAUCAGGCUGCCGGCGCUGGCUCGCCGUCGUCGCCGGUGCUCGUCCGGGAGGACGCCUUCUUGUCCAUCCUGGUCGAUUGCUUCGGUCAGUAG